GUGAAGUUCUUCUGUGCGAUCGUUGGCGUGGCGGGCAGCGCGUUCGAGGUGGAUAUCGACGAUGCUGAGUCGGUCUCGGCGUUGAAGAAGGCGAUCAAGGCGGAGAACCCAGCGACGAUCACGUGCGAUGCCAAGGACCUGCAGCUCUCCCUGGCGAAGACGGCGGACGGCGCGUGGCUGCUGUCGAACGAUCCUGAUGUGGUUGCUAUGCGAAGUGGAGCCGUUUCUGAAAAGGUGCAGAACCUGCUAAACGAACAAAUCGAUCCAGCAGAAGAGAUUGCCGAUGUCUUUGUACCAGCUCCGCAGAAGAAGCAGAUCCACGUGUUGGUGGUG